GAACAGAGUUUAGUCUCGAGUAAAGCUGCAGAUUGUCCACAGCUGGAAAAUGACAGCAGAAAUCUGGGACGUUGUUAUUGUCGGUGCGGGAUUAUCCGGAUUGAGUGCAGCUCAUUUCCUCAAGAAACGAGACGACAAGCUGAAAAUACUAGUACUGGAGGGAAAAGAACGAGUCGGAGGUCGCACCGUGUCGUCUCAAAUACCUGCAGCCAAUGGUGGUGUUGAUCUCUGGGACUUUGGAGGACAAUGGGUUACAAGCUCACAACCGCAUGUCAUGGAGCUCAUAAAAGAGCUGGGCCUGGAGGUCUACCCACAGUUCAAUACUGGGACGAAGGUGCUCCACGUGGGCGGGCCGGCUUCCAAAGUUCGAAUGUACAGGACCAGCAUUCCUGCUAUGUCCCCGCUGGUGCUCCUGGACUUGACUCAGCUCAUGUGGAAGAUUGACAGGCUGAGUGGAACAGUGUGCGUCCACGAUCCACUGAAGACUCCCAAUGCUGUGGGACUGGACAGCAUGACUCUGCAAUCAUACAUCGAGCAACACGCUUGGACCGCUGAGCUGAAGGAGCAACUUGGAGUGUGCAGCAGGUCGGUGUUUGGCAUGGAGCCAUCCCAGAUGUCAUUUCUGUUCUUCCUCAUGUAUGCUGCCGCAGCUGGAGGGGUGAUGGCGCUUCUGGCGAGCACUCCAGGUUGUGCUCAGGAGUUCAAGAUAAAGGGAGGCACCCAGCAGCUUUCCGAGUGUCUGGCGGAACGUGUCGGGUGGAAGAAUGUCCGGCUGGGCUCUGCUGUGACGGCCAUAUGGCAGGAUGCAGAGUGGGCCAGGGUCACAACGAACAGCGACACCUUCCUGUGCCGGGCUGUGAUCGUCACUUGCCCCCCUCAUUUGGCAGCAAAGAUCAGCUACCAGCCGCCGCUGCCAACCAUGAGAGAAUGCCUCAGCCAGAACAUGCCUGUGGGCCAUAUGAUAAAAUUCAUCAUCACGUAUCAGACGGCUUUUUGGAAAGAAAAAGGCUUCUCUGGGGAAAUAGUGGCAGGAUCUUCCAGCAACAGUCCGUUCUGUAUUACCUAUGAUGCCACCAGCCCGCGUGGAAAUCCAGCUCUGGUGGGCUUCAUUGCGGGCCAGCAGGCUUCUCGUUGGAGUCCUGAAGAGGCUGGAGAAAGAAGAGAGGCUGUGAUUUCCAGUCUGGUUAAAUAUCUUGGUCCUGAGGCUGCAUCAUUCAUCCACUACGAGGAGAAAGACUGGGCGAAGGAGGAUUAUAGUGGUGGCUGCCCUGUCAAUGUCAUGGCACCAGGGAUGCUAACGUAUUACCACCCCAGCCUGAGGAAGCCAUGUGGCAGGAUCCACUGGGCUGGCACAGAGACGGCCACACAGUGGUGCGGCUACAUGAGCGGUGCCAUUCAAGCGGGUCAGCGAGCAGCUCUGGAGGUGUUGGCUGAAGUCUGCCAUGUGGUUCUGACCACAGAGGAGCAGGAAGCGCUGCAGCAGGGUCAAAUCGUCAGGAGUCCACCGUCCAAAACCAUGUGUCUGUUCACAAGAAAAUCUGUGGUAAUGGCAACACUGACCAUGAGUGCUGUUCUCCUCCUGGCUCAACGGCCCCAUGUACUGAUAAAGAUCAAAACUUUCUUGACAAAUACCUUUUCUGCAAGCAAGCACAGUAUACUGCAAAACAUGUAAAAGUUUGAAUGGAAAAGAUUUGAAUGCAUAAGUUUGUACACAUACAGUAAAUCCUUAGUGUGUGUAUUUUUCUUUUUCUCAGUAAUUUUAACUGUGAUUGAAUUCAUGAUUCAUCCUGAAAACCCUGGGCUUCAAAAUCGACAUGUAUUGUUUAAACAGGUUUGCAGGGACAAAACAGAGCUUUUAUGCCUUACACUGUUUCCCAGAUUGCCAUAAAACCUGCAUGAAAGGCUUGGAGUAGAGCCACGAGCACAUUUGUUCUCCCACGAAACACCAACAAAUAUCUGAAUGAGUGCAAGACGGAUGAAGCAGGAUGACAAUGAUAACACCCUGGACUAAGUGAUUUAAUCAAUAUCACAAGAUUGUGCAGUCGAUUGAAAGGAUUUUUGACAGCCCUUAUGUCUUCUCUAGAGAGGACCUCAAAAAGCCCACUAAUCAUGGCAUAGCUGUCUGCGCCUCAAUCGGCGCCAC